AUGAAGGGUGUUUCUAGUGAAAAGGAUUAUUAUCCUGAAAAGGAACCGGAAUAUUGCUUCUGGGAAAGCCAAUUGUAUCUAAAGGUUAAAAGUUGUCGUUUUUUCAAAGAUAACCUUUUCAAAUACCUCGACCACGGAUUUAACUUUUAUGCCUUUUUUACCUGGGCUAGGAGAUGGAUUAAUCUGGUUGCAAAGCAGUAUGUUGAACCAUAUAAGUUCUAUCCUCUGCCCAUUUCAGAUCAAAUAUUAUAUUGGCAGCCAAUAUUUGCAAGGCACGUGAGCGAUGCUCUUGUUAGGCUGGACACAUACGAGACGUCGAAAUCCAAGUCAAUAAACAAACCAAAAAAACCGUACAAAUCAAUACUGAUGCGUGCCCUGUUUUUAACAUAUUGGAAAAGAAUUUUGUUUAUCAUAUUGGGAUUCGUCGUUCUCUUAACGUGUAACAUAUUAUUGGCUUUUAUUUUCAGGGAAAUUUUAGACAAUUCAACCGGCCAAAUACCAAGGUUGAAAUACGUAUUGUUAUUAUCCACUUCUUUGGCCUUUUUACAGUUUUUAAUUGCAUUAUUACUGGAUCAUAUGAACUUUUACAUGUACAGACUAAUCCACGUGAUACAGUAUUCAUUCUCCAUUACGAUAUUCCAGCACGGAAUGUGUCACCGGAGGAAGUUUGCAAAUAACAUAGAAGGCUCCAACUCCUUGAAUGUGUGCAACGAGGUUCUCCAUAGUUGCUCACCGGACUCUGAGUGCUCUAAAAACCCAUUGUUCUGCCAGGCAUUACGUUAUCAAAACAAGGAUAUCAAUUCUAGGAUAUUUUCUUUCGAGUUUAUGGAUUCAUACUACAUUUCUCUCUUCAUAGAAUCAACAAUCCAGAUCGUGCAAUUUAUUUGUACGUUUACAUUUGGAUUUUUUGUAGUUACCAAAAUCCUCCCAAUACAUGUUUGGCCAUUGUAUGCCUUUUACACAUCGGUAUCACUUUUGAUGAUUGUGCUUGAAAUUUUCAAUACAGUGAUAUUAAAGUACAUUUAUGGCUUAAAGGAUUAUAGAAUAAAUAAAUCUAGGGAAAUAAUAGCAGGUUUGCACCUUAUCAAUAAGAUGUUUAUGGAUGACAUUGCACAUAACAUCAUAACAAAGACAAGGAACAAUGAACUUAUAUUGCUCUUGAUACGAUUCGUACUAUCAUUUAUUAAUAGAUUACUUGUUGCGUUAACUAUCUCGUUUUCAUUAACAUAUCUGUUAGACGACUAUAUUAAUAACGUUCUUAAUACGGAUGAUAUUUCUGGAUUUAAAUCAGGCCAUGUUAUGUCAUCUUUAUUGAUAAUUAUUAAAUCGGCUGAUUCCAUGUUAUUUGUUCCGGAUUCAAUAAAAUUUUUGACAUAUUCACUGAUAUCGUACUUCAGAGUGGAAUACUAUAUGAAUGAAUGUUCCCCGAAUUUUUAUAUCAGUGAUAACAAAUACACGGGUUCAGUGAAAACAUCCACAAACAUAGUUCCGAUAACAACUCAACUUCCUAAGGAUGUUGUUGUUUAUUAUAAGGAUGCCACAUUCACAUGGGUCAACACACGCAAUGACCUGCUCAAUAAAAAUUAUGACACAUAUUUAAAAAAUAUAAACUUUGAGUUAAAACGUGGCGAGAUGGUUAUUGUUACAGGUUCUCAAGGUUCUGGCAAAUCAAAUUUUAUCAAAUCAAUGCUUGGUGAGAUGACCCUGGUUGGGGGUUCCAUGGCCGUUGUACCAUUACACACAUCAAUGCCCAUAUUUUAUGCAUCACAAGAUAUAUUCCUACAACAGGGUACCAUUAGAUCCAACAUUGUAUUUGGUCAUCGUUUUGAUGAAUAUUUGUACAACACCGUGCUUAAGGCUGUGGAACUUGAAUUUGACAUAUCAACCUGGGAUAAGGGUGACCUCAGAGUAGUGUCAGAUAAUGCACAUUCACUCAGUGGAGGUCAACGUGUAAGAAUGGAGUUGGCUCGUGCAGUGUACGCUUAUUUGAUAUUCCAUCAAGUAAACACUGAGUACAACAACAGUCAAUGUUCAUUCUUGAUGUGUCUGGAUGCCUCGUUCCACGGUCUAGAUCCAUAUGUGUCCAAAACUAUAUUCAAUAACCUGUUUAACCUUAAAACUGGGCUAUUGAUAAAGAAUGAUUUAAGUGUUGUUUUAACUUCUAUAAAAAGAGAUCUUAAAUCAAUAUCCAUAAACGAUGUAUCUUACCCCAAUAUGCCUUUGUACAAUAUUACCGAUAAAACUUUGAAAAAAAUAAAGGAUAUGAAAUAUUCACAGAUAAAUGCUAGUCCAACGACCACAGUACUGAAAACUAUUGAACCUGAAGAGAUGAUGAAAAUGUGCGAUUCAGGAGAGAAUAGCCGAUCAGGAAGAAAGAAAUUUGUAAUCGAAAAGUAUGAGGAUUCCCUGAUAAUAAACCCAGAGUCAAAGGUGACCGUAAUAAAACUCAAGGAAUCAUUCAAGUCCUACAUUAUUUACCUGAAAUCAAUAGGGCCUCUCUUUGCAUUGUUCGUCAUAUUCACAUUCACUUAUAUAGCAAUCGAAAAUUUUACGUACGUCAAGGCAGGGGGAAUGGGAGACCUUAUUAUGGAAAUCGUAGUUCAUGUAAAGUCUGAAAUUGAGGCAGUAUCAUCGUAUUCGACUAUAAUCGCUAUGUGCAAUAGGACCUUAACGAAGAUUAAAAUCAUGACUCUGUUCAUAGUUAUAUUCUGUUUUCUGGCAAAUUCGGUUCUAACGUUCUGUUGCCUACGCGGUUGUAAAAGAAUACACGAAUACUGUAUUAAUUCACUAAUAAAUAAUAACUCGACGGUCGUGAGGAUUAAGCAAUAUAGUAGUGAAAUUUUAACGUUCCUAUCAUCGGACGUCUUUAUGAUCGAUGAAAACUUCGGGCCUUGCCUAUCCUCGUUGCUGAUAUUGUUCAUAGGCGUUGUUGUACAAGCCAUGGUAAUUGUUUAUUCACACCCGAUUUGUAUACCAGUUGUUUUCUUAAGUCUUUUUGUAAUCAUUAACUUUGUUUUUAAAAGAUUUGUUCAUGCAUCAAAAAAUCUUCAGAUUGCAUCCCUAGAAUCUCUAUCUAGAAAUAACUUCGUCUGUCAAAAUGCAGUUUCAUCUUCGUCAACAUAUCGUAGCUUCAAGAAGGAAUCCACCCUUUUGGACAACGUAAUAGAGUACACUGACUAUUGUAUAAGGUCGUGGUUCUAUUCUAAGUCGUUCCUUUCAUGGGCAUCCUUCGUCUCAAAAUUCGUAUUUUUGGGGAUGAUGUUGUUUACAUUUUUAGCGCCAGUAUUAUACAAAAAGUACGUAGGCAUGGAAUCCUUUGUAGGCUUCCAAGGAUUAAAUGUUAUGCAAAAUACGAGAAUAAUUUUUACAUUCACGAACUUUGUGGUUGCAAUUGCAAAGCUCGAAAUGCUAAUGUGCUCCAUAAAAAGAUUUGAAUGUUUUAUACCACCUGGGCAAAAAUGUGUAUUCCAAAAAUAUCGCAAUGUACAUAAAGAGGAUCCAGUGGUGAACAUAAAAUUAGAGAAAAUUCUCAGCAUCAAUGAUGUUAAAGAUGCGUUGAUCUUAAGAAGAAAAAAGGAAUUUAAGGAAGAAAAUAAAAAGUUUUAUUGUUUUAGAAGGCUGGGUUUCAGACCCCGAAUAAAUAUAAUAUCACCUAAUUUACAUUUAAACCAAGAGCAUAGCGGUGUUGAGUUAAAAAAUGUGUGUGUGUACACCACAACUGACCUUAACCCAGAAGGCAUGAUCUUGAAAAAUAUUACAGUGUCAGCACAUAAAGCUGAGAUUAUAGGUAUAGUGGGUAGAACGGGUGCUGGUAAAACAACUCUAUUGUCAGUGUUACAGAACAUAUCCACUAACAGAACUGGCCAAGUACUAUUGGAUGGUAAAGAUUUGAAUGAUAUCCCCAAGGUUGUCCUUAGACAGAUUAUAGGCGUCUUGCCACAACUGCCAUUUGUGUUCAAGGGUUGGACUAUUAGGAGGUUCCUUGAUCCCAGAAAGCUUUUUAGUGAUGAUGAAAUAAAUGAUGCGCUUGACCAGUCUGGUCUUUUGAACUUUGUUAACGAGCUUCCGGGAUCUAAGAAAUUGGACAGUGUAAUAAUACCAGACAACUUAAGUAGUUAUAUGCCAAACGAUAAGAAUGAUAUGGAGUUAAACACCGAAAACCUUAAAGAUUAUUACGAACAGUGUGAUAUGUUACUGUCAAACACACAACUUCGAACAUUAUCAUUUGCUAGACUAGUGCUGUACAGAAAUCUAUUUAGGAUUAUCCUGGUUGAUGAACCUCCAUCAGAAAAUUGCUAUGAAAAUGAGUACAGUGAAAGCGAUACAGGGACAUACGAUCUUGGAGUGCCAAUAUAUGAGCUGCUUAAAAAAUUCUUCCAGCACUGUACAACAUUCGUGACAGCACACGAUUCUAAUGCCCUGCGUAUGUGUAAUUCAGUAUGGAUACUACACCAAGGAAUGUUCAUGGGUAAAUGCGGUGUAGACGAAAUUUUAAAAGAAAACUCAAUAGCCAAUAUAAUACAGAAAUUUGUCAAAUAG